AAUUGUUUAGCAGUAUUCUUGGUGAUGUUUAAAGAGAUGAACAUGACCAUUAGGUUGUAAAUUACUAUCACUCAGGAGAUAUAGGAAAGUCAAUCAACAUUUAGAGAAUGUAUGGCAAAAUUCAUAAAUGUGUUAAGGAAUUGGUACUUUCAAAGUUUGGACAGGAUGCGUGGAACAAAGUUAUGAUAGAGGCAAACUUUGAUGAAACAAAAGACUUUUUGAUGUUCAAAUCGUAUGAUGAUGAAAAGACAUUCCAGCUUAUCACUGCAGCAUGUAAAGUUAGCGGUUUACCACUCGAAACUGUACUGGAAGUGUUUGGGCAAACGUGGCUAAAGUUCUGUAUGGACAAUGGUUACGAAGAAAUGUUACGAACUCUUGGUGGUGAUUUUACAUCGUUUGUUCAAAACCUUGAUGCUUUACAUGCUCAUUUAUCAAGAACAUAUACAAAGCUUAACUAUCCUUCAUUUAGAUGUGAAACAAACAAUGACGGAACAUUGACCCUACAUUAUUAUUCGAAGCGAUCAGGACUGUAUUACAUUGUUUUAGGAGUAAUCCCCCAAAUAGCUAGUGUCUUGUACAAUCAGAAAGCAACAAUAACUGUUGACAGUAGGGAAAAGCAGGAUAUAGAGAAUGGAAUUCUCGACGACCAUGUCAUUUUUACAGUAAAAUUGUCAAAGAGUAAUGGCAACACUUCUCUAAACAACAUAGAAGAUGACUGCGUAAAUGAACACAACAAAGAACUUGUUUGCAUCAGACCAACGUUUCCCAAGCAAACAAUAAUUCAAGCUAAACAUUUUUGUAACAUAUUUCCAUACCAUCUUAUUUUUGACGAAAACUUUGUAAUUAAGCAAUGUGGUUCGAUGAUACAAAUCCUCCUAAAAACAAAGAUGGAGAGAGGAUCCAGUUUAACAUCGUUAUUUGAUCUAACUUAUCCUAGGGUCGAUUUCACCCUAACUAAUUUGAUGGCAUUCAUCAAUAGUGCCUUCGUGAUGACGUCUGUCAAGAAAAGAAACGGCCAUAGUCUUGUACUCAAAGGUCAAAUGCGAUGGAUGCCAGAUAUAAGCCACAUGAUAUUUAUCAGCUCACCGUGUAUAUCAAGUCUACAGGAACUAAAGGCAAUGGACCUGUACAUAUCUGAUAUACCAUUGUAUGACGUCACACGAGAACUGAUUCUGCUUAACCAACAACGAAUGGCUGAGAUGGAAAUAGCAAAAAAGCUCGACGAGACAACUGCAGAUUUAACAAAAAUGUCAAAAGCUCUGGAAAUUGAAAAAAAUAAGACUGAUGAGUUAUUACAUGAAAUGUUGCCAACCAAAGUUGCUACCGAGUUAUUAGCUGGUAGAACUGUAGACGCAGAAAAAUUUGAAAACGUAACUAUCUUGUUUAGUGACAUCGUGACUUUCACCAAUAUAGCCUCAGCGUGUACACCGAUGGACAUUGUUAAUCUUCUCAACAACUUGUAUCAGAGGUUUGAUAACCUAACAACUGUACAUAAUGUAUAUAAGGUCGAAACUAUAGGAGAUGCAUAUAUGGUUGUAAGUGGUGUACCAACCAGAACAAACUCACAUGCAGAAAACGUAGCCAAUUUCUCUCUUGAUAUGGUCAACGAAGCAGGCAAAGUACAGUCUCCAGCUACAGGAGAGUCCAUUCAGAUCCGUGUCGGAUUCCACAGUGGAUCAGUUGUUGCAGGUGUUGUUGGACUGAAGAUGCCACGCUAUUGCUUGUUCGGAGAUACUGUUAACACUUCGUCCAGAAUGGAAAGUCAUGGUAUACCAGCUAGGGUUCAUGCAAGUCCACAGUCUGCAAAAUUAUUGAUUGACAAGGGGUACGUUUUCAGAGACAGAGGUAAAAAUAAGAUUAAAGGAAAAGGUUUAAUGAGCACCUAUAUUUUGAUCAACAGAUCCGGUCAAACAUACGAGGAACCUGACGAUGCUUUCUGCAAACUGCCUUUAGCUAAAACUGUUGAUAUGGACAUUGAAAUUGAAGUUUUACCAGAUAAAACUCAUGAAGAUAAAACCAAUGAAGAUAAAACCAAUGAAGAUAAACCCAAUGAAGAUAGAACCAAUGAAGAUAAAACCAAUGAAUUAAAGGAGCGAUCUAAAAGCCAGAUUCAAAGUCCAAUAAUCGACAAACCAGUAGAACGUCCAAAGAGUCGAUCAGUCAUUGUAACCAGACCAAUACCGAUAUCUAGAAGACACCAACCACUCCAGAAACAAAACAGCUCGACGUGUAUGCUGAGCUAA